AUGCCUAAAGCCCCAGGAGACAAGAGGCCCCCAAAUGCCUGGAUUCUCUUUCUAUCCGCGAAGAGGAGGGAGCUGGUAAUCCCUUCCAUCCCUGGAGAAAGUGUCCAUGACAAGUUUACUAGAACCAUAAGGACGAUCUCCGCUAUCUGGAAGGCGACUCCAGAAAUCGAAAAAACUACAUGGCGCACGGCCGCAAAGGAGGCAAAGCACAGGCAUUUGACUUUAUACCCUAAUUACAAGUUUAAACCUUAUAGAAAGUCCCAUCAUAAAUCCCUCGCACAUAGCGCAGUCGCCUCGCCUCAAACCAUCUCUUCUCCAUCUUCUCUACAAACUGCUCAAACAAAUGGAGAGAGUACUCCAGGUUGGGCCUCAUCUGUGCUCUCUGGUAACGACUUUGUUCCAGUAUCCACCCUUGUUUACGAAAAUUUUGAUGGACUACACCGCCCACUCGUAAAAAAUGGAAAUUUCCAGCAAGAUCUACUGGUCAAUUCCGAACAGCCUGGAGAAUCGUUCUUUGAAGACUGGUUGCAGCUCGAUGAGAAGCUUGACUCUUCUUGUGGAAACCACUUAUCCACCGAUUACCGCGACCACUUUUACUCCGAUGAAGACACUGUACGUCCCCGGGAUAGCGCCGAGAAUGCUCAAUCAAAAGAAAACACAUUGACUACAGUUGAUGUUAUGCGAGCCAAAUCCAUUCACCCUGUACCUUCUACAAGUCGCGACGCGCGUGAAAUGCGCGGUGUAUUCUGUGCACGUGAAAUAUUCAGACUUGUGGUGAGUCGUGACGAGCGAGGAGAAUCCGAAAAUUUCAUCUUCGAACUCCCACGCAACUCUCAUGUGGACAUGAUGUGA